UUUGGUCAGACAUUUCUUUCCAGCCUUCUCAUGGGAUCAGCAGAUUGCUAGGGUACCACACUCAAGUGUGUCAGGCUGUUUAGCCAGGACUGGUGGUAAAUUUAAUCACACGUUGUGUGGGGAUUUUUAAGUGGAUUUAUUUAGACCUUACUUUAUUCUAAAGGAAGCGCAGGUAGCUAAUGAAGGAUUUCAGAGGCAUUGCUCAGUGUCUACAUUGUUAGUAAGCUUGAUUUUCUUUCUCUAUCACUUUGUGGUUUGGGACAGACAUGUUAGGAAGAAUGAGAAAGGAAACUUAAACACCAGUUUAACACUUUGGUUUUGUUUCCUCUAACGGCUUUAAGCCAAGGUUUCUUCAGAAAUUCAGAGCAUGAGUCCUUUCCAAACUGCAAACACUUUCAGGUAGCCAGGCUGGAGUUUGUGAGCAGCAAUUUCCUGGAAGUUUUUACUUUUUUUUUUCUUAAGUUCCUUUUUGGUGGUAGCAGAGUAAGCAGGCAAGCAUAUUACCUCUUAAUUCUCUGUUAUCCUGUGACUAGAUCUACCUGUUUUUUCCAUUUGCACAUAAUCUGAUCCCAGGCUCAUCCCCAGAGUCUAGACAGGCAGCUCCCAUUUCUUACUUUCUUCCCUAGUGUAAGCUCUGUAGAGCCCAAGGCCUCAGUACUGAUACGUGCUUGUUGCUUAGACCAAAUACUAUUACCCUUGUUUAAAAUUUACCCAAUCCAAAUUCUAUGUUGUAGCCUAUUUUUUUUCGGAGGCAGGGUAGCCUUUUUGCUGGGGAUCAUUCUGUGAGCCUUGGAAUUUAAACAAAGGGCUGAAGAGAUGGAUGUGGUGGGGAGUUUCUGUGUUCUGACCUGCUUCCUGUCUAAGUGCCUUGGCAGGAAAGUCACUCUGACAUGGCCUGGGCUGCCUCGUCUUCACCAUCUUCAGGACCUACUAUGUAUGGAUUUUAUCCAGGAUGGUGAUUUGUGCUCCUUAUAUUUUGGAUAUCUUCAGACCAGUUUCCCAACUUUUUACACAUCCAGGGAACUUGGUCAUUUUUUUCUCACACUUUGGCACUGAGUGUGAAGGCUAUAAGUCCCUAAUUCCUUUUUAUGGGAAGUAGAAAGAGGCCUAAAGUAUAUAAACAUUGGCAUUCUCUUGGCACAUGCAUGGGCUUGACUUUCCUGUCACAGUCUGUGCAGUCAGCUAAACUGGAAAUAGUGGGCAUACACACACCACACCCACACACAGUCCUCCUCCCUCCCUCAUGCGUCAGCCCUUUCCUCUACGUGAGGGCAGAAUUCCAGCUGCUACUGUGAAGCUUCUCCGCUGCCCCACUGUGUCCUGUCACAUGGGCACAAAGCCAUCUCAGCAGUCCUUCUCAAGGGCUCACCAGGGUACCAGGUUUGGAAGCUGAAAUGCCUAAAUCUAAAAUCUGGCUAUGACUUCUGACUUAACAGCUUCCAUACACCCAAAGCCUCAGACUUCUCUCUGCUGAGCUCUGCAGAGAUGCGGGAGAGUGUACAGAGAGGCCAAGAAAACAGGCUUGGACGGAAGGGCAGCUUCCUAGUGUCUCCUGACAACUUUGUUUUACUUCCUCACCUGCCCACAAGGGCCCUUAAGGUACUCCCACUUUCUGCAUAAUUCCUGGUGUCUGGUACGAACAAGUUAGUGAGUAACACUCAGUAAGCACAGACCUAAAAGUCCCGGUUACCUUGGGGACUCUGGAACAGUAGUGAUGAAGUCUGUAGGUAGGAGGGUCUGUCUGAGGUUGAGUAUAUCUAGUAAUCAACUGGCAGUGCCUCUGCUCCCCUCAUGGGUGAAAGAUCCAAGGGUGGUUGGAGCCAAGGCUUAUGCAGAGGGCCAGGCACAGCAGGAUGUGGGAGCCAGUGGGGGCUGUGGUACCAUGGUGAGUGGACAGUAGGGAUUCCCAGACAUCUCUGAUUCCAAAAUGGUCCUGUCAGUGAGAUGUGGCUUACUGUGAGUUGCUAAUAAUGCACGGCUCAGAUCUCAGAAAUAGUUUGUGCUCCGGGGCCACUGCUGACAUCUAAAUCAGACCCUGAAACUCCUGGUUGUCAUCUUUCCUCCCCCACUCAGGCUGCUUGAGGCUCUGAUUGAGGUACUUACCAAGUACUCUGUUCAGUUGGGUCCUGAUGAGUCUCCCUGCCCCUCCCAUGUUUCUUUUGCUUUAAAAAAAUACCAAGGAAUACAGAUCCAGGGGUUUCCUUCCCCCUCCCAUUCAUUUUUAGGGUUACUCCAAAAGCCUGUGAUUGAUUCUUUCCUUCCUCAGGACUUAGGUUCAGUGUACAGGCCUGACUUUGGUUUCCCCGCCCAUAAAGGGGCACACACACACACACACACACACACACACACACACACACAAGACAGAACUGAAACGGCGGCAGGCUGGCUCUUACCCACCUUGGGCAGCAGGUGUUUCCUCCCUAUCUUCCCUUUUGAAACCGAAUACUUGUUGCUUGCACACCCUCACCCCUCUCUUGCUGUUUUUUUUUUUCAACUAAUAGUCUGCAACUUCCCUCGCAUAGAGGAAUGGUUCCCAGGUUCUUAGAAUUGAGGUUGGUGAACGCUCUUCUUGCUGAGGAAACGCUUCUAACACCACCAAGUGCUGCACCCCUCAAAGUCGGUGAAUCUCUAGAUUCACUGGGCUGGACAAGGGACACUCUUGGGAAAAGUCUUUACUGGACAAGGCUCAGGGUGUGAGUGGGGUUGGCAUCUACACAGGAGCUGCAACUGAGAGGGAAAGGGCCUCAAACAAACAUCUCUGCUACCACUGCCUUUCGAAGUUGGGGGACUUGGGAAGACCCGUUGUUUAGAUCUUGACCGGUGAUCAGGAAGUCAGCAGUAGAGGAAGGCCCUGGAAGGAGGGGCCAGCGCGGACUCGCCCGUGGCAGGGCGGGGACCAACAGAGGGGCCUAGGGGCUGGGGAGCGCCGCCCCGCCCUCCCGGGGAAGGACCACAUUGCCGGCUAGCAGGAAGGCCAACCAGACCGGACGAGGCCGCUCCAGCGCUGGGUGUUGCCGGUCCGGGGCGAGCCUGGUUCCAGGCGGGGUUAAACUCACUUUCUGCUUCGGACGUCAAGGUAUUGCCAUUCUAAUCCAGACAUCAAGGGCGGUGGAGAAGACAAAAGUCGGUUGUCUGUUUACAGAAGAGGAACUGAGGCAGUGGUUCUUCAGGUCAGAAGGAGACAAAUCCCCUGGAACUGGAGCUGUCUGUAGAUGGCUAUGAGCUGCCUUGUGAGUUCUGGGAUCUGAACUCUGGUCUUCUUCAAGAGCAACAAGUGCUUUUAACCACUGAGUCAUCUCUCCGGUCCCUUAGUGUCUUUUCUAUAAGAAGAGGUUUAUUGGAGUGUAAUUGACACUUGCAUUUAAAAGGUACAUGGCUUCUUCCUACUCUCAGCCUAGAAGAAUAAACCCUUAGUGUGGGGACCUGAGCCAGGCAAGCCAAAGGCAGCCUUGAGCCCUCCCUCCCCUGCCCUCCCCUGCGGGGGCCAGGAUGCUGAAGAAGCAGACUGCAGGGCUUGUGCUUUGGGGUGCUAUCAUCUUUGUGGGCUGGAAUGCCCUGCUGCUUCUCUUCUUCUGGACACGCCCAGCACCUGGCAGGCUGCCCUCAGACAGCGCCCUUGGUGAUGACCCUGCCAGCCUCACCCGUGAGGUCAUCCACCUGGCCGAGGACGCUGAGGCGGAGUUGGAGCGGCAGAGGGGACUGUUGCAGCAAAUCAAGGAGCAUUAUGCUUUGUGGAGGCAGAGGUGGAGAGUUCCCACUGUGGCCCCUCCAGCCUGGCCCCGUGUGCCUGUGACCCCCUCACCAGUGCAGAUCCCCAUCCUGGUCAUUGCCUGUGACCGCAGCACUGUCCGGCGCUGCUUGGAUAAGUUGUUGCACUAUCGGCCCUCAGCUGAGCGUUUCCCCAUUAUUGUCAGUCAGGACUGUGGGCAUGAAGAGACAGCACAGGUCAUUGCUUCCUAUGGCACUGCAGUCACACACAUCCGGCAGCCGGACCUGAGUAACAUUGCCGUGCAGCCAGACCACCGCAAGUUCCAGGGUUACUACAAGAUUGCCAGGCACUACCGCUGGGCACUAGGCCAGAUCUUCAACAAGUUCAAGUUCCCGGCCGCUGUGGUAGUGGAGGAUGAUCUGGAAGUGGCACCAGACUUCUUUGAGUACUUCCAGGCCACCUACCCACUGCUGAGAACAGACCCCUCCCUUUGGUGUGUGUCUGCUUGGAAUGACAAUGGCAAGGAGCAGAUGGUAGACUCAAGCAAACCUGAGCUGCUCUAUCGAACAGACUUUUUUCCUGGCCUUGGAUGGCUGCUGUUGGCUGAUCUGUGGGCAGAGCUGGAGCCCAAGUGGCCCAAGGCCUUUUGGGACGACUGGAUGCGCCGACCUGAGCAGCGGAAAGGACGGGCUUGUAUUCGUCCAGAAAUUUCAAGAACUAUGACCUUUGGUCGCAAGGGUGUGAGCCACGGGCAGUUCUUUGACCAGCAUCUUAAGUUCAUCAAGCUGAACCAGCAGUUCGUCCCCUUCACCCAGUUGGACCUGUCGUACCUGCAGCAGGAGGCCUAUGACCGGGACUUCCUCGCCCAGGUCUAUGGUGCCCCCCAGCUACAGGUGGAGAAAGUAAGGACCAAUGAUCAGAAGGAGCUGGGGGAGGUGCGGGUACAGUACACUAGCAGAGACAGCUUCAAGGCCUUUGCUAAGGCCCUGGGUGUCAUGGAUGACCUCAAGUCUGGUGUCCCCAGGGCUGGCUACCGUGGCAUUGUCACUUUCCAGUUUCGGGGCCGGCGUGUGCACCUGGCACCCCCACAGACAUGGACUGGCUAUGAUCCUAGCUGGAAUUAGCAGCACCUGCCUUUCCCUCCUGGGUCUCCUUGCCGCGUGCUGAGCCGAGGCAGGCCUGCAGGGCCUGGGCUACACCAUCCUGCCAGUGUCUCCCUCUCAGUGUCUCCCUCUUGGAUCUGUAGAUCUUCCCUUUGUGUCCUGGCCAGCCCCCAAAUGGCAUUCUAGUGCACAAAUCAUAGGAUGAGAGUUAUACUCCUGUUGUCAAGGGAGUAUUGUGUGGUAUGUUCGGGGCAUAUUGAACAAGAAACCACUGUGUGGUAUGGGGAGGGUUGGGCCUGUUGGGGCCAGGUUUGUAAUGUCUCCAAGGGCAUCUGCAGAGAGCUUGGCAGCUCCAGCUCUCCUCAGCAGGCCUCUCCACCCUGAUCUGGCCCCUGUUAGCCCAUGAGCCCUCUUUAUGUACCCAUCCUCCCUUUCUGAACCUUCCCUCAGGGUGGGGCUGGAUUAUGGAGGAAGGAAUGGAUCUUUGGUCAGAUGAGACUAACAGAGGGACUCACUGUCAGAGUUAGCGUGGAUUGCUGCUGCCGGGGCACUACCUCCUGGCUUCUCUCCCUGCUGACGUGGCUCUUGUCCUGGAGCAGAGCAGUGCGUUGUUGGGAGAUGGAAAGUCUAUGCGUGGGUACCCUGUCUUCUUGCCUGUGGCCCCCCUCCUUUCUGAAAGUUAGUUCUCUCCGCAUUCUUUAGGAGGAUUCAGGGGCGGCCUAGUGGAAGACAGUGGGCUCCAUGCCUCUUUCCCCUGGGGUUUGCUUCAGGGGCUCCUCCCCGAGGGCUUGCUCCUGGUGGCAGCAGCUGAGAUCAGGACAUCUGUGGCCCUGAGCCGGCUCUGGUCCUCGGCCUUUCCCAGCCUUCCCACAUCUUCCCAGGCCAAGAUGCAGGGGGCAGGCUGAAGAGAAAUUUGUGUGUCCUUGUUUGUUGCCUGAUCUUAGUUUCAUGGAAGAAAAUGGAAUCUACAGAAUUAUUUUCAAAAAUAAAGUAAAGGCUGAAUUGCUGAAAAA